AUGGACGAUCUGCAGAACUACAAAUUACAAUUGCAGCAGGUUGAAGCUGCAUUGACAACCGACCCUACAAAUGAAGAGUUGAUGAAACUUAAAAUAGACCUCGAGGAAGUUAUCGAGCUGACCCGGGACCUGAUAAAGUCGCAGCAGCAGGAAAAAAAACAGUCAAAUGGCAUGGACCCGAAGGACCCGAUUUUGCUGGCUGUUUUGGCGAACAAAUGGAAACCUGGUGAAGAGUGUAUGGCUCCCUGGAGCGAGGACGGAAAAUACUAUGAAGCGACUAUCGACGCAAUUAAUGAAGACGGACUAGUAAACAUAACAUUUAAGGAAUAUAAAAACACGGAUGUUACAAUGUUGAAUCAAUUAAAGUCAGUUGCUAAAAGACCAGCAUCUGACUGGGCUGAUCAAAAAUCCAAAAAAAUACAAGCGGCAGCGGCAGCUGGAGCGGAUCCGAACAAACAACGGGAAUAUUUGAAAAAGAGAAAGCAAAGAAAAUUACAGCGUUUCAAGGAAUUGGAAGAGGAACGGGAACAGGAAAAAAAUAAAUGGCUGGCAUUUACAACUAAAUCGGCCAAAAAGGGAGUUGUUAAAAAAAGUAUAUUUGCAACACCAGAGAAUGUGAAUGGACGAGUGGGAAUCGGAACUUGCGGAGUCAGCGGUAAAGAAAUGACUAAAUUUAGUAAUGGUGAAAAAUGGAGGCGUGGAGCUUAA